CAACGAUGGACAAGUCAAGUUGGUCAAGACAGAACUAUCGUGGAUAUCUUUGGCGGUAAGAGAGGUGGAUACUUCAUCGAUCUGGCUAGCAAUGAUGCAGUUGCACUGAGUAACACCUUGACGUUGGAGCAAGAGUAUGGUUGGAAUGGCUUGUGCAUCGAACCCAACCCACGCUACCUACAAGGGCUGCUGAGAAGGAAGUGUAAGUUGGCAGUCGCCGUCGCUACUGCCAUGACGGGUGAAAAAGUGUCUUUUGCUAUGAGGGAUGAGUUUGGUGGAAUCGUCGGAAAUGAUUUUGAUAACAAACAAGUCAGAGGAUCUGUGAUGAACUUUACGUCUGUAAGCAUCACCAAACUAUUUCAAGACUUCCAAGUACCCGAAGUUGUCGAUUAUCUGUCGUUGGAUAUUGAGGGCGCUGAAUAUCAUACUUUCAAAGAUUUUCCUUGGCACAAGUACAAGUUUUUGACUAUGACGGUCGAGCGCCCAAAAAAGCUUGCGCCCAUUUUGAAAGCGAAUGGUUACAUUUAUGUCAAGAUGCAUGGUGGAUUUGGCGACAUGCUUUAUGUACACAAAUCCCUA